GUGUACCGACUCCUCCCCUUCAGUCUUGAACAGGCGUACUGGCUCCUCCCCUUCAGUUUUAAACAGGCGUACCGGCUCCUCCCCUUCAGUCUUGCACAGUUUCACCGGCUCCUACCCUUUAGUCUUGCACAGGUGUAUUGGCUCCUCCCCUUCAGUCUGGCACAGGUGUACUGGCUCCUCCCCUUGAGUCUUGCACAGGUGUAUUGGCUCCUCCCCUUCAGUCUUGCACAGGUGUACUGGCUCCUCCCCUUCAGUCUUGCACAGGUGUACUGGCUCCUCCCCUUCAGUCUUGCACAGGUGUACUGGCUCCUCCCC